CAAAUCAAUUAUGGAAUUUAGUGUAUUUUCGUAAACCUAGCAUUUUUAUAUCAUUAAAAUUCAUUCAUUUUCUUUUCAUUUUAUGAUAAAACGUUAAAUUGCUUUCACGGUUUGCUGCUAGGCAGGCUGACUGAAGUAAAACGUAAAAUAGAGAUAUGGAUAGAUAAGAUGAUAGGUUAGGCUACUACGGAACUAUUACUUCAGAAAUCAUGCAAAAACAUUGAGUAGCUAGGUCACGGAAGUGUUGGAUUUGGAGCGGCAUGCUGGGCGCGCUGGUGGCAGGCGCGGUGAUCGCGGUGCUCGUGCUGCAGCCGUGGGCCAGCAAGAUCGAGAUGCGAUACCGCCGAGCCGCAGUCGUCGCCAACGGUUACGAAUGUGCCUCUGUUGGACGCGAAAUAUUGGAAAAGAACGGCACGGCCGUUGACGCAGCCAUAGCGGCGCUGUUCUGCGAAGGGUUAGCAUGUCCCCAGUGCAUGGGUCUCGGGGGCGGAUUCCUCGCUACCAUUUACGACGCCAGGACACGCACGGUGCGGGUACUGAACGCGAGAGAGAGAGCGCCUGCUGCGACACAUGAGGAUAUGUUCAAGAACGCCUCAUCCGCUGUUGGCGGGCUUGCGAUCGCAGUACCUGGAGAGCUGAGAGGUUAUGGUGCCAUGUACCAAGAGUACGGACGUCUGCCGUGGAGGGAGCUGGUGCAGCCUGCCGCGGACCUCUGCCGUCGAGGACACCGCGUCAACGCCUACAUGGGCCGGGUGCUGAAAUCCUAUAAAGAUAAAAUCAUCGCUGAACCAUCUAUGAGAGAACUCUAUGUGAACCCAGAAACGGGCGAUGUAUGGAAUGAAGGAGAUUUGAUCCGCGAACCAACAUUAGCUAGGACACUUGACACCAUCGCGGAAGAGGGUUCGGAAGCGAUUCACGACGGCACACUUACUGCAGCGCUCGUUCGUGACAUUCAGAACUUGGGUGGCAUCAUAACAGAAGAAGAUCUCAGGAGUUACAAAGUGGAAUGGCAAGAACCAAUCGCGGUGCAAAUAUCAGAUGAGCACACGCUAUACUCCGUUCCCUUACCGGGCUCUGGUUCAGUGCUGGCGUUUAUUCUCAACAUGAUGCGAGGUUGGAUCGGCGUAGGCACCAACGUGCCGGUCAACUCCAACCUCUACUGGCACCGCGUCAUCGAAACGUUUAAGUACGCAUACGCGAAGCGCACGGGCCUCGGAGAUCCUGCUAGGACCAACUUACAUUAUGAUAUUAGAGAAUUGGAGCGCAAUCUUUCGAAUCCUGCUUGGGCAAGAGCCUUCAGAAGUGUUGUGAACGACAACUACACCUAUAACGAUUGGAAGCACUACGGCGCUAUGUUCGAAGGUGCCGACGACCAUGGAACUGCUCACGUCGUGGUGUAUGCGCCAGAUGGUAGCGUUGUGGCUGCCACGAGCACCAUCAACUAUAUUUGGGGUUCCCAGAGGCGGUCUACAAGUCUUGGUAUCAUGCUGAAUGACGAGAUGGAUGACUUCGCAAUUCCGAACCGUGAAUCAUCGUAUGGAAUGCCGCCGUCACCGGCAAAUAUGGUGGCAAGGGGUCUUCAGCCGCUAAGUUCAAUGGUCCCGAGUGUUGUGCUAUCGAGAAACGGUACGGCGGACUUGGUGAUAGGUGCAGCGGGCGGUACGAAGAUUACCACUCAAGUCGCGCUGGUGACAAUGCACACACUUGUGGAAGGCGGCGAGCUGUCCGAUGUUAUCCAGAGCUCGCGACUUCAUCAUCAACUUAUCCCCAUGGAAGUUGAACAUGAAGCUGGUUUCGAUCCGAAAGUCCUCGCAUUUUUGCGUGCCCGAGGACAUGCAACAACGGAACGUGGGCCCUUCGCGGGAUUCGCUGCUAUGAACGGCGUUGCGCGAGAUGCAAAUGGCUUUCUACUAGCGUCGACAGAUCGAAGAAGAGUUGGAAGUAUCGACGGUUUUUGAACUUUUAAAAUCAAUCAAUUCGAAACAAAAUCUAUGAAAAAGCAUGGCGCUUCCACAUUUAUGUUUACCUUAGAGCUCUUUCAAUUUAGACCCUUGGUGUCGGACUACUGCUAUAGGUACGGUUGUAGUACCGCUUGCUUUGACUUGCAACAGGACUGCAAGAGCAGUCCCACAUCAACCCUCUAAAUCGAAAACGUUCUAACUAAGUCUGCAAGGCGAUCGUAUUUAAGUGAUAUCUAUUAAGUAUUAUUAUGUCUGACAUCAGUCGAGCCAUGGAGUGAGACGAAGAAACAUUAUUGUAUGUGCUUUUGUUAGAUAUCUAUCUAAAAUAAAACAAAAAUGACGCUGCCGUGUAAGAUCA